CCUGGGUCUGUACCAGUGGAGCGAGGCGGUGAUCCGGAGGGUGGUCCGGCUGUGGGACAUCAGAGGAGGAGAGAUGGUCCGACACCAGGUCCACGUGCUGGUGACCCCCCGCGUCGUGGAGGAGGCCCGGAGACACUUUAACUGUCCCAUCCUGGAGGGCAUGGAGCUGGAGAACCAGGGGGGAACCGGGACGGAGCUGAACCACUGGGAGAAGAGACUGCUGGAGAACGAGGCGAUGACGGGCUCCCACACUCAGAACCGGGUGUUCUCGCGCCUCACGCUGGCCCUCAUGGAGGAUAGCGGCUGGUACAGAGCCAACUACAGCCUGGCAGAGCGGCUGGACUGGGGCCGGGGGCUCGGCUGCGACUUCGUGAUGAAGAGCUGCAAGUUCUGGAUGGACCGGCAGAGACAGAGGCGCUCCUCAGUGACUCCAUACUGUGACACAGUGAGAGCUUCUCCUCUGCAGCUCACCUGCAGACAGGACCAGCUGGCUGUGGCCGUCUGUAACCUGCAGAGAUACAGUGAGGAGCUGCCACUGGAGUACCAGUACUUUGACAGCAUCCCAGACGUGCCCUCUGAUCAGCUGGCGUUGUUCGGGGGGGCGGUGGAGAUCGCAGACUUCUGUCCCUUCAGUCAGGAGUUCAGCUGGCACCUGAGUGGAGAAUAUCAGAGGAACUCGUACUGCAGGGUGUCCCUCAACCAGCCCGACUGGUGGCGGCACUACGGGGCAGAGCAGUAUGGAUCGGACUCGGUGUGUUUGUACCAGAAGUCGGCCUUUAUCAUGGAGCAGUGCACGAGGAAGAUGACGUAUCCUGACUGGGGCUCCGGCUGCUACAAGGUGCUGUGCUCUCCCUCUGGUCUCACAGUGUUUGUUCAGGAUGUGUCGUACCUCUGCCUGAGAGCUGGUCAGCUGCUCAGUGUCAGUGUGAAGCUGAAUGACUGGGUUUAUAACGGACAGUUGAUCUGCCCCACCUGCAAAGACUUCUGUGAACACUGCCCUCUCCAAGCCCCGCCCCUCAACACCUCCAGGAGCAUUCCCAUUGACCCGUGCUCCGGAGCUCCGGGGUUAGCCUUCACUCUGUGGCUCCUGAUGCUCAACCUGCUCCCCCUGGUGGCCGGACUGAGGCUCUGCACCCACAGCUGAUACAUACAUACACCGUCUCACACAGUCUCACAAACGCGACCGAAACACUGGCGGACUCGGGGCUCUUUUAUCUCCUCUUUUCAUUCCUUCUUCUAUGGAUCUUUUUACCGUAACAACGACGACAAAGAGCCGACCGCACGAUAUUUCUGCCUUUUCUAUUGGCUCGUGGUGCAGCUGGAAGCCUUUCUACCCAGAAUCCUCAGCUUUGUUUGCGCUGUUCUCUUCCAUCGAGCCGUAUCUAACAGCUGAUUGCUUUGUGACUUCACCAUAACGGUUGGUGCUCUCUUUACGAAGUGUUUCUACGAUUUAAAGACUCUUUUUCAAAUCAGACUUUUAUUCUGAAAAGCCUACUUCCUGUGAGCGAGUGUGAGGUUUUGGAGCAGCCAGAGGUUUACAUUUCUAACCAGAUAUAUGACUCUUUCCUAAGAAGCACUUCCUGUUUUUAGAGGAAGUGUAACGGUUUAUUAAUAAGAGAUGAGUUCAGAGUUUAUUGUGAAGAAGAUGGUCUGCAUGAAAGCUCAGUAAAAGUCCCUUUCCAGAGUUACUUAACGCAUCUUCUUAGGUAUCGCAUUCAAAAUGAUGCAUUCAGGGUUCAUUCAAGUAAUUAAUGUACAAAAAAACAUCACUAAUUGGAAUUAAAAUGUCUCAAAUCAUUUGUUUUUGACUAAAUAAAUACUAAUACAUUUUAAGAUGGAUUUUCUGGGUUGGUUUUUUCAGACGUGGCAAUCUAAAAUCACGUAUUGGUCGAAUAUAAUUUGUGAUCCGGAAGAACUUACACAUUAACAGCUAGAGGGGAAAGGGGGCGGGGCUACAUAAGGUGAUAAACUGCUCCUCUCACACUCGUCUCCCAACUAAAGGGUCUUUUUGACCUCUUCUAACAAUCUGUAAACUCUCAGAUCGGAUGCUUUAGUUUCCUUGAGUCUCUUUGAGUCUCCUUGAGUCUCUCUGAGUCUCUAUGAGUCUCUCUGAGUCUCUAUGAGUCUCCUUGAGUCUCUUUGAGUCUCUUUGAGUCUCCUUAAGUCUCCUUAAG